CAAAAAGAUCUGGUGUUCCUUGGCGGAUGGAACAUCUCUCCUCUCUCCACAUUCUCUGCUGAUAUCAACAUGACGUCUAAUAAGGGUCUUGACGUUGAUGCUAUUCAGGCUGCUCCGCCCGUGGUGCAGAACCAUGAUACCGAUGAUGAGAAGCCUGUUCUCAACACGGGAGGUCACGGGCCUACGCAGCGAAGGCUGAAGGACUAUCACAUCACUUGGAUUGGUCUUUGCAGUGGUAUUGGUACGGGUCUGUUUAUUGGAACUGGUUCGGCUUAUGCCAGUGCCGGUCCUGCUGGCCUGCUUCUGGCGUACAUCGUCGUUGGCGCCGUUCUUUGGUGUGUUAUGCAGAGUAUCUCUGAGCUCGCGACACUGUUUCCUACUGCUGGUUCAUUCCCUCACUGGGCCACUCGUUUCAUUGACCCUUCAGUCGGCUUCUCACUCGCCAUCUCAUACGGUUACUGCUACACCAUCGCCAUUGCCUCUGAAUGCUCAGCCGCCGCCGUUCUCGUCAGCUACUGGACCGAUCUCACUCCCGCCGUCGUCAUCACCAUCAGUCUGGUUCUCAUCCUAUGGAUCAACUUGAUGAGCGUCCGAUUCUUCGGUGAGACUGAAGUCGUCACUGGUGGUAUCAAGGUCCUCUGCUUCCUCGGUCUCGUCAUUGUCGCGAUUGUCAUCACCGCUGGCGGUGGCCCCAAUCACAAGUCCAUUGGCUUCAAGUACUGGAACAACCCUGGUGCUUGGGUCGAUUACAACGGCAUUACUGGCUCAACUGGACAUUUCCUCGGCUUUCUCUCUGCUUUCGUCAAUGCUUCUUUCUCUUUCGUUGGUGUUGAGACCGUCGUCAUCACCGCCGCCGAGUCCGUCAACCCUCACAAGGCUAUCCCCAAGGCCGCCAACCGCGUCACCUAUCGUAUCGGCUUCUUCUAUGUUCUUGGAGCGCUCUUGAUCGGACUGAUCGUCGAUCCGCGCAAUGCUGACCUAGUUUCUGGGUCUGGCAACGCUAAAAGCUCCCCAUGGGUCAUCGCCAUCCAGACCGCUGGUAUCAAGGUCCUCCCUUCCAUCGUCAACGCCUGUAUCCUUGUCUCUGCCUGGUCUGCUGGUAAUUCUUACUGCUGGGUUGGCUCACGUAUGAUCCUCGCCAUGACCACCGAUCGACAGCUCCCUCAGUUCUUCGCCCGCACCACCAAGAACGGUGUUCCUUACGUGGCUGUCAUCACAGCCUGGUUGUUUGGACCCUUGGCUUACUUGAGUCUUGGUUCUGGUGGCGCUGCUCAGGCUUUCUCUUGGCUUCUGAACCUCAGCACAGUCGCAGGCCUCAUCGCAUGGGGAACACUCUGCUUCUGCUACAUCCGCUUCUAUCGCGCCAUGAAGGUGCAAGGCAUCGACCGUAACACCCUCCCAUGGAAGGCCCCUUGGCAACCCUACACUGCCUGGUUCGGAGGCAUUGGCUCUAUCGUCAUCACGCUCGUUGCCGGAUUCCCUGUCUUCCUCAAAGGCAACUGGAAGACCGCUGAUUUCGUUGCUUCUUACGUUGGCAUCCCAAUCUUCAUCGUUCCCAUCAUCGCCUGGAAGCUUUAUUACCGCACCAAGGUUCUGCGAGCCCACGAAAUCGACUUGUGGUCUGGUCGUUUAUCCGACGAUGCCAUCUCAGCCCAUGACACUGAGCGGGAGCAUGUUUAAGUACUGUCCUCGCGUAUCACGGAUUCUCAAAAGCUCUUGCAUGGAAUUAUGUUUCGAGGCCUUACUGCGUUACACUUAUAGACCAUACUUAGAAUUAAUCAUCAGCAUUGGAAGCGUAUAUAGAAAAGCGAUAUCAACCAAAUAGAAUUGGACUUUCUGGCUUGACCCUCUUACGGGACUUCGUUGCAUGAUAGCCAGCGACGAGCAUCUUAAUUGCGUAUCUAAAAACGGCGCUUUGCUGAUGCGCGCCAGUGAACGACCAAUCUAGCUUCAAUCUACUGCCAAACAAUUCCCUGCUCAAAAUCGACCUGCUCUGGUGUAGUGGCAGUAGGACAUAAUAUCACAAUACCAUUCUCUUUAUCCUCUUGGCCUGGAAUUGGAUGAUCAAUGUUGAGAUCAGCCAUCAUCACUUCGACCUGAGCAAGUUAGCCAAAUCGCAAAGCCAGCAGUCAAAGUCACAACUUACCUUUCCAGCAGUCUCUUGAUCAACGCCAGACGCUCUCAACGUCUGCGCUAGUCGAACAGCUAAAGAGGCUGCAAACAUAUUGUUCUUCCCUACUUCCACCAUGACAGUCAUGAGAGCUGUAAAGUUGGCCUCGCUUUGAAGGUCACCAUUCGUGAGGAAGUCUGACAAGAAGAAUGAGGCCGCAAUGAAUGACGCAAAUGAGACCAGCGGGUUGCGGAACCUGGUAUUCAGAUCCGUGACCAGGGCCACAGUAAUCAUGAUUUGAACAGCUGAUUCCAUCACUCUCGCUUUCGUAGUAGGUAGUGCAGCCAUAUCCACCUGCGAUCUUGUCAACGCAGAUUGAUGAAUACAUAUCAGGGCCGUAUGUAACUGAAGAUUGAUGAGCACAGCUUCAGGGCUUUCCAUGUUCUCUGGGCACCUGAGAUCUAACGGCAAUGUCGCAAACGCAUUCGUGACUGCUUCAUCGAGCUGUUGGAGUUGGUGCCAGUCGUUGUUGUCCUUGUCUUCUUCGACAUUUCUGGAGAAGUUGAAGCACUCGUUAAAGAGAUGGACAGCGACUACUCUGCAGGCGCUUGUAGAGAGCUCAUACAUACCCUGUCCUAGGGCUUGUCUCAGAGUCAGCGUGGCUAUUGGGGUAUUUGAUAGCAAUGCAUCGAUGGAUGAUGGGAGUCGUGUUUGUAUCUAGCUUGGUCAGAUACGAGGAUCAAACUUUGGGGGGUUGGCUGCACUCACGCUCUUCCAGUCCAUCAUGGUUGGCCAUCCGCCUGUGCUACUUGUGAUACGAUCAGUCGUGAAAAUGACCCAGAAAGUCUUUCUGCGCUCUUCCUCCUCGGUGAAGUCCAACGCAAUCGGGAGUGUGAGGCCUGCUGCAUUCUUCCCGUCUAGUCGGUGCAGCCCAAGGAUUUGGGCUAACCUGAUAGCUCUGGCUAUACUCAUUGAUGCUCGUGAGAACCAUAGAUGCUGCGCUUCGAAAUGGCUUAUGAGAACCCAAGCUUGGCAAUGCGACAGGGAUAUCUGAUCACUGUCGCUCUGAUUUGGUCAAUGUCAUGCUGGAGAGAUCGCUCCUAGGAUAGCUUACCUUCAUUUCAUCAGCUUGGAUGUACUGGCGCGCUCUCACAUAGAAUGCCUCAGCCAUAUGUUUGUAAGUAGGCGAUGCGCUUGCUCCAGCGGCUAGGAUGGCAUACUGCAGGCACAUUGGUGGCUGCAUAUGAGCGGGCCGGUAGAGUGAUGCAAUGUAUCUCUCGCCAUGGAUCAUGAAAGAGUCGGACUGAAGUUUGGUAAAGUAUAUGGACGUUCUGUCAACUUUGAUUAGCCGUUGGCCUCCAUAAGGCCUUUGUGAGGCUUACAGUUCAUCCACUAAAUGAGGAGGCGGCAGGCCCUCGAAUCGGCCAGUGUCGACGAGUUCUGUGCUGGUACUGGAUGGCUGCAAUUCCGGUGGACUGCUCUGGGCUUCUAAUCUGGCCUCCAAGUCUCCUACAAACACUGUCAAUGACCUGAGUUUCAGUGAAGCUGUCUCCACUCCCACUCACGGAUGCGACUCUGCAUAUCCCGAAGUCGCGGUCUGUUGGCGGGAUUAAUAACCGGCUUCUUCCUCGCCGAGGGAUAAUCGCAGACCUCGCCAAUCUUGACGCAUCGGCCACAGAUUGGCAACACCCUAUUACAUUUCAACUUGCGCACUCUGCAUCGCUGGCACGACCACGGCGACAGCGGGCCCAGGUCAGAUUCGGAGCUUGAGGGCGCCUGUGGCGAUUGGGAGUGAGAUUGAGAUUGAGAUUGAGAGGGUGACACGGACAUGGUUUAGUGGCGUCGGCGGGGUACGUCUUGGCGAGCAGGACCUGAUAACGAAGGCCUAUAACAGGCGCUGAGCUAUCGCUGCAAGAUCGAGAUGGGAGGUCAAGACUAUGUUUUGUUUCGGGGGAAGGGAUAGAGACUAAGGUUUGUUUGAUCAGGAUACUUUGCUCUCUGCUCUCUGACUUCCAUGAGCUGCGGGGAGAAUGUCAGCAUGCCUUCCUGUUUUGGGUUACUCUGGAUUCCUACGAUGAUGUCUCUCUUAUCUUAUCUCCCAACGGCCAUACCCUAUGGUUCAGUCCAUACUAUAAGCUUAAGCCAACCUCAAAAGUCACCUCUACCUAUAGAUACAUGAUGAAACUUUUCUCUAAUCAUCACAGUCAAUUAAUUUUACCUCUCGCAACACGUUUGCAAAUUCUUGGUCCUGCUACCCACCACUUGGCUUCCACUCGUUAUCUCCAUUCAUCAAGGUUCAUCACCAAAGACACUC